AUGGUUGCAGUAUCAGAAUGUCUUUCACCAGAGGAAAGAAAGAAGUGGUGUUCUGAGGAGAAAUCUGUUACAGAGAAGAAAGGUUGUGUAAAGGGCGAAGGAAGAAGGGGGAACAGCUUGGAGCCGGGAACACGGGCUCAGAUCAUCCUGGAUAGCUGCAGAGGCAAUAGCUUACUCCCCAACAAGAUGGCAGUACUUGCAGCAGAGAAAAAGCUUCUCAUAGACCAAGAAAAGGGCAGAGAAAUGGAUCAAAUCUUUGAUAUUACAGAGGACAUGGAGAAGGAAAUUGAGAAUGCAUUGGGUCCAGGACCCCAAGAGGAAAUCCUAAGUUCCAGAUUCAAGUUGCAAAUCACCAGAGGAGAUAUUCAGACCCUGAAGAAUGGUCAGUGGCUCAAUGAUGAGGUCAUCAAUUUCUACAUGAACCUUCUUGUUGAGAGAAAUGAAAACCAAGGCUACCCAGCUCUUCAUGUCUUUAGCACUUUCUUUUCCAAGCUAAAGCACAGUGGUUACAGUUCCUUGAAAAGAUGGACUCGAGACAUCAAUCUCUCUGAAAAAGAACUCAUCUUGGUGCCUAUUCACCAGAUGGUACAUUGGAGCCUGGUAGUAAUUGAUUUAAGAAAACGAAGUAUUGUAUACUUCGAUUCCCUGGGACAGACAGGGAAGUCUAUCUGCGAGACCAUCUUCCAAUAUUUACAAAAAGAGAGCAAGAAACUCAGGAACAUUGAGCUGGACCCUUUGGAGUGGAAGCAGUACAGUGUGACAUCAGAGGAGAUUCCUCUGCAACUGAAUGGGAAUGACUGUGGAAUGUUUACCUGUAAAUACGCAGAUUAUAUCACUAGGGACCAACCUGUGACCUUUUCUCAGCAACACAUGCCCACCUUCAGGAAGAGGAUGGUAUGGGAAAUCCUACACAGUCAAUUACUGUAACAACAUCAACCUGGU